AUGAAUGAUUUAAUGAAACAGGCGCAGCAGAUGCAAAAACGCAUGCUCGAAAUCAGAGAAGAACUCGCUAACCAGACUAUUGAAGCAACCGUCGGUGGUGGAAUGGUCACUGCUGUUGUCAAUGGACAACAGGAACUUGUUUCAAUUCGCAUUACACCAGAAGUCGUUGACCCCGAUGAUACAGAAAUGCUUGAAGAUUUAGUCGUCGCUGCUGUGAAUGAGGCGUUACAACAAUCACAAGAACUGAUGUCUGACGAGAUGAGCAAACUCACCGGUGGGCUAAAAAUACCAGGACUUCCGUAA